AUGCUGACGUUACUUCGGCGUGCUAAUUUGAGUUGUUCCCUGAGGGCUCUAAGGCUCCAAAGGACAUCAGCCUUUACAAGAAUUAACGGGAUGGCACAGCGGUCCCUGAAGACUAACAGUAGGCUUUAUAGCAACAUCAACAAUGUACAGGAUCAACAAGCUAGGAGUAACCAAGCAUCAGAGAAUUUUUUAAAACAAAUGCCUGAGAGAUUGGUCUCCGAAGGUGAUGGAUUAAAACCCACCACAGCAGCCAAUCAAUUUGAUACUUUGGAACUUCAUCAGAGGUUAAAUUUACAAGGCUAUACACCUCAACAGAGUGAGGCUAUCAUUACACUGCUGCUAGAAUUACUUGAUGAAUUUUUUUACAGGGAUUACAAUCACAUAUAUCUAAAUGGUAUGGAGCUAGAGAAUCAAUCGCAUCUUUUCCAUGCAGCUGAGACUGAAUUAAAAUAUGCAAUCCAAAAUUCAAGAGACACACAAUUGAACAAUCAACAUCUACAAUUAAUGAAAUUAAUUCGAGAUUUAGAAUCCCUGCACGACGAAAUGAAUGAAAUGACUAUCAACUUUUUACAAAAGGAUUCUAAAGUUGAUUUCCAUAACCAAAAGAUUGAAAACACACUAUUACAAAGAAGAGUUAAAAUGGAGUUAUCAGAUUGUGAUAAUAAGAUUUCUACACAAAUUCUGGGUAAUACUCGUUCUGAUAUCGAAAAUCUACGAUGGCAAACGACAAGAAGUGGUCUGCUGGCAGUUCUCAUACUUGUCUUCUUCAUGGUUGGUGGUGCAAGUAUUUCUAAAAGAUUAUCAGUGGAACACGAUAAACCAGUUCAAGUCACAUUACAUACUGUUGAUCCAGAGGAACGUGAUGCUGACGAAGAUGAUAACACAUUGGAUCAAAUUCUACUGGAUGAGGACGAAUUUAACCCUGAUGUGAAAAGAUGA